GUCGUGUUGUCUCUGGCGUCGCCCCGCUACGACGCGCGAAGUGCCCCUCUCCCUCGCGAUAGUAAAUACAGUGCCUAAAGCAGGCUUACCCGGCGCAGCGCGGUACAUCCAUCAUACCUAUACCUUACCUCAGUACGUUGACACAAGCACCUACACCCACGCCACGCACGGUAGACGUAGGUACGCCCAGGCAGAGUCCCGUCUCUGUUUACAUUUGAUCGUCGUCCCGGAUCUGAGACGCGUCCUCUUCUCUUAAAGACGGCUUCCCCGGUGCGACAGUAAAUAAUCCCAUCGAACCCGCUACGCGAACUCAACCAACCUUCGUGCGGUGGGCUUUUGGCUACGUUGCAUUGGCACCUAUCCCCGGAUUCUCGACCGCGCUCCUCUUCAGGCCAGGCCGGGUGGUCGUCGGCCAUCACCACCAUUAGGAGUCGACUCUCCCCACCGUAAUUAUCAGAUCAGGUUAGCGAGGGAACAUGGGCGAAGACCGUGAUCUCCUCCCCAUCGCGCUGCGUCGCACCCCACGAUCCAACGCGAGGGCGGCAGCAGCACCAGCAGCAGUACGAGGCGCCAGAUCAGGCGACGCAAGGCGGUCAGCAUCAGCAACGAAUGGCACUACUACUACGUCGGCGACCGCCAGGACCCCGAGCAAGCCAAGACCCAAGAAGAGGGUCCGCUUCUCGGAUCCGGGCCCGGACGCCAGCAACCAUCAGGACCCGGAGCAGGACCAGGACGAGUUCGCCGACGCGUCGACGGGCCUGACGCCGAUGGUGCGCCGCACAUCUCUCCUCAACGCCAGGUCUGCGCCCUCGCCGUCGCCUAAGCGCCGGCGGAAAUCGACGCCCGCGCCUCGAUCCCUCGCGGGAGACGAGGACGAGGACGAGCUGUGCGGGGACGGGGGCCGCGGCGCCAGCCACGAGGUGCGCAUCAAGUCGCUGCGGCAGGUCCUCGACGAGCGCGUCAAGCGGCGCAUCCGGCGCAACGGGCUCAGCGAGGAGAUGAACGCGAUCGACGGCGCGAAGCGGCGGCGCGAGCGGGAGCAGCGCGCCGAGGUCCAGCGCCUGCGCGACGAGAUCGCGGCUCUGCGCGGCGGCCGCGGCGACUCCGCCGGCCGCGUGGCCGAGCUCGAGCGCGAGGUCGAGGUCCUCCGCAGCGAGCUGAGCAGCCGGACCGGGUCCGACAGCGGCAGCAGCGUCAGCGGUGCCGCGGCUACUAUCGGCGGCGGCGGCGGCCCCAGCGACGAGAGCUUCUAUAAUUGGACGCUAGCCGCGCCCGUGCCCUUCUCCGACGACGAAGACGAAGACGACGACGACGAUUACAACAUGGGCUUCGGCGACGCGACCGUAACCGAAGUAGUGUGCAGCACGCCGUCGAAGCGCAAGCGCCGCGCGUCUGCGUCCGCGUCCUUCCCGACGCCGCCAUGCACGAGCCCAGCGGGCCCUACGACGCCAUGCUCGGGGCGCCGGGCGGGCGGGGCCGCCGCUGCCGCCGCCGCUCCGGUUACGCCGCAGUCGUCGUCGCACCGCGGCGCCCAGGCCACGCUGCCGGACCCCGAGAAGGAGGCGCUCGAGGCCGAGCUCGCGUCGCUGCGCCUCGAGCUGACGAAGCUGUCCGAGGCGCUCGAGGCCCACGACGCGUUCCGGGCGCGCAUCGCUGGGAAGAUCGCCGCCGCCGCCCGGGGAUCCGAGACCGACGCUGCCAGCGACGCGAAGGAAGGAAACGAUAGCAAUAGCAAUAAUAACAACGACGACCCUGACAACACCCGCAACGCCGAGGGCGCAGACGCCGACGUCGAAGCGCGGCUGAACGCGGUCCUGCAAGCGCUGGCGGACCGGACGGCGGCGCUGGGGGCGCUGGACGUGUCGCUGGGGGCGCUGGGGUUCGGGGGGCGGGACGCGGGGGCGGCGGUAGCCGCGGUAGCCGCAGCGUUCCGGGGCGCGCGGCUAGAGCUGGAGUACCUGACGCCGGGGGAGAUCGCGCUGCCGCUAACGGCGCGGGGGGCGGCGGUGCUGGACCUGCUGCUGGCGCGGCUGCGGGACCUGGCGCGGCGGGCGCGCGGGGCCGAGGACGCGGUGGCGGAGCGCGACGCGGCGGCGCGCUCGCUGCGCCAGCAGCUGGCGGCGCGGGUCGACGCCAUAGCGGAGCUAGCGCAUGAGCGAGACCGCGGCGCCGCGGCCUUGCGUGACCGCGACGCGCGCGUCGCCGACCUCGAGGUCGGGCUCGCGCGGCUCAAGGGCGCGGCCGAGGGCUACCGCCGCGACGUGGCGGCGCUCGAGGCGCUCGUGCGCAAGCUCGAGGCGGAGGGCGGCGCGGCCCAGCUCGCCGAGGUCGCGGCGCAGGCCGACGCGCUGCGCCAGCAGCUCGCGCGCAAGGCGGCCGAGGCCGGCGCGCUCAACCGCUGCCACGGCGCGGCGCUGGCGGCGCGCGACGCGCGCGUGCUCGAGCUGCGCCGCGGGCUCGACGCCGUGCGCGCCGAGCUGCACGCGGCGCACGCGGCGGCGCAGCGGCUGCGCGUCGAGAACGCCGCGCUCGGCCGCCAGGUCGCCGCCGAGGGCCCGCGGGCGGCGCGCGCCGCCGUCCAGGCCGUCAAGGCCGAGCUCGCGCGCGUGCUCGCCGGGCUCAGCGCCGAGUCCCUGCUCGCCGCGAAGAGCCUCGCCAGCGCCGGCGGCUGCGCUGCUGCCACGGCCGAGCUGGCGCCCCGGAAGCGGAGGACGGGCGCGGCCGGGCGCGACUCGAGUGUUGAUGUCGGCGGCGGCGACGACGACGAGGAGGAGGAGCAGAAGGAAGAGGACGAUAGUAUCGUAGAUAUGGCGGAGGUGGUGGCGGAGGCGGAGGCGCAGGCUGGCGAAGAAGAAGAAGCUGCUCCGACGACUGCCGCCGGCUCCCCCCGCCCCGGCUCGUACCUCUCGGCUAAGCUGGCGAAGACGUCGGCCGCAAGGGGGGCGAAGCGGCGGCGGCACGAUAGCGGGCUGGGGCUCGCGGAUGAGGAUGAGAAUGGUAACGUCGACUUCGUGGUGUAGUGUAAAUUGUCGGUGGCAUUAGACGGGAGUUGUCGGACGGGAUGGAUAGACGCUGGCGUUCCCCUGCUUUGUUUUUUCGCUCGCUCGUCCGUUCUCCUGACGGGUCGUGUAAGCCUUUACUUUUGUAACGUCGUCGUUUUACCUGCCAUUUCCUUUCUUGACUUACCUGCAACUAGCACCGGACGGGGCGGUGGCGCGUUAAAAUCUCUCUUCAUCGUCAUUGAUUUUUCGUCUCGGCUUCGUGUGGUUGGGAAAGGCCAAGGGAAUGAAUGGACGGUUACUUGUUGGCAUUAAUCUUACGGGAGUUGGCUAGGAC